GAAGAAGAAGAAGAAGAAGAAGAAGAAGAAGAAGAAGAAGAAGAAGAAGAAGAAGAAGAAGAAGAAGAAGAAGGAAGGGGUUGCGCUUUGUCAAGGCUGACGGCUGAUUCCUGGAUCGGGUUCUCCCAUCUCCCCCACCCCUUCUGCGCAAGAUAUCAGCAGCCCCCGGGAGGCCAGCUCCUCCCCUUACGAACACUUUCGCUUUCGCUGCCAAUGCAAGCAAACUCCUGGGCCUUUUUAUUAUAUUCCUUUCCCUUAUAACGCACGUGUCAGCACAGCUGGCAACUCUCCUGCAGCACCUCCGCUGGCGAGGAAGAUAGUAUCGGCACUGAACAACGUUCCCCUACUCCCAGACCCCAGAACAACUACUUCCCUCCCGGGACGCGGAGCGCUUCCUCUACCUGCCCGCGUCGCAUCUCUGCAGAACCCUUUUCCCGCCUUUUUAAGGGGAGACCUCAGCAUGCUGGCCACCUACCAAAUUACAUGGAGAUGAUUUCGUAUCAUGGAACUCCAGAUUCCUCUGAGGUCUUGCUGCUCCUAUUGCUGUUUUUCUCCCCAUUUGGGCCACUCAAGGGCUGCAGUUUUAAUUAUUCACCCAUCGCUACUUCUGACUUUUCCCAGGAUAUAAAACCACUGAAAGAAUAUUUGCUCUUGGACUACAAAGUAUCGAUGCCGUUCAAUCUGAAACCGGACAUAUUCUGCAGUGUGUUAUGGGACCUUCAUUUCAUCAAUGAAAACUUAAAGAAAUUAAUCAACGUGUCUGGGAAAAGACUGAAAAAGUUAUUCGAGAAAUUAUAUGAUCACACAAAAUUUGUUGAAGAUUGUAAUAUUGAAGUAGAUAAUAGUUCUACCAGUUUUGAAUUGAUAAAUAUCUCUCAGUUUGUAGAUGUCAUUCCUUCCCGCCUUCAGUUUCUAUCAAAGGAGAUAGAGAGGAUUACAUCAGAAGAAGAGCAUGUUGAUUUUAAGAACUGCACCAUUAUUCAGAGCCAAAUAGCUGGCAUUAGAUCUGCCCCUAUAGGUCAGUCUCUCUCUGUACUACAGAAUCUUCUGUUACCCAUCAACACUUCUGACCGGAAGCUAGAGAAGAAACAGUCAUCUCAGCCAAUCUCCCACAAAAGAACUUACUGGUGGUUACUUCUUUCAGCUAUCUUGGUCUGUCUUCUCAUCUGUUUAUGGAAAAAAUGCAAGUGGUCCUCUUCGAGAGCAAUUUAAAACUACCACAUCCCCGUGGUAUGGGAUCUACAUCACUCAGCAUCUUAGAGCGGUGCUCUAUCCCACUCCUAGCCUUUCUCUCGAAGGACUAACCUGGAUCUAUCUGUCCGAGGGGCUGCUGUCAAAAAAGAUCUGCUAAUGAGCCAUAAGCCUCAGUUGUGGCUCCCAUCCCUCGGUAGAUGCUGCAUCUUUCUUUUUGUAGUGUAUAGAUAGUCCUCAACUUAUGACUGCUAUUGGAACCAGAAUUUGUGAUGCUAAGAAAGGUGGAAAGGUUAAAUCAAUUGUGUCUGAUUUUACAUUCUUUUUUUGCCACAGUUUUUAAGCAAAUUAUUGCAGUUCUUAAGUGAGUUGUGCAGUUGUGAAGUAAAUCCAGCUUCCCCCAUUAACUUGCAUGUUAAAAGCCAGCUGGGAAGGCUACCGAUGGUGACCACAUGUUGCAACCGUCAUAAAUACAAGCUUGUUACCUAAAUUUACCUAAAUUUUGAUCACGUGGCCAUGGGGAUGCUGCGACGGCCAUAAGUGCAAGAAUUGGUUGUAAGCCACUUCUUUCUGUGCCAUUGUAACUUCGAACGGUUGUUAAACGAAUGGUUGUAACUCGGGGCUUAUGUGCAGGGGUGGUAUUCAGAGCGCAGAGCAUCAAAAACAGGAUGUGAUGACGUCCAGGCGGGUGGGCGGAGCCUCCUGCAGUCACCCGAACCAGGUAGAAUCGGCUGAAUAUACUUACACUGCUUAUAUGGUAUGUACUGUGUGUUAUGUAUAUGAAAAGGGAGAGAGAGAGAGAGAUUGUUAAUAUAUGUUUUUUUUAUUUUGUAUAAAUAAAAGCAAAUGUUUAGUAACCA